AUGGGCUCAGUCGACACAUCUCUCCAUCCGCACACAAGCGGCCGUGCCGCGGAGUACGCUAAAGCCCACUCGUCCACCAACCCACUGAUUCUAUAUGGCGGCUGGUUCUGCCCCUUCGUGCAGCGCACCUGGAUCACUUUGCACGAAAAGAACAUUCCCCACCAAUAUGUCGAGAUCAAUCCGUACCAAAAAGAUCCGGAGUUCCUGAAACUCAAUCCACGUGGUCUGGUACCGACGCUCGCCGUGCCUGUUGGCAGGGCCAACAAGCAGCAGAAGCCGCUAUACGAGAGCGCGGUCAUCUGCGAGUAUCUGGACGAAGUGUACAACGACCCAGCCAAACACGGCCCGCCGCUGUUACCGGCGGACGCAUACGAGCGAGCCCGAUGUCGAAUCUGGAUCGACCAUAUUAGCGGCCGCAUAGUGCCUGCGUUCUAUCGGUUCCUGCAACAUUCCGAUUCUAAACCGUACAGUCUGGACGAGGCGCGGGCCGAGUUGUUGCAUCACAUCAAGACCUUCAUUCAGGAAGCGGAUCCAGACGGGCCAUUCUUUCUCGGCGAGCAGUUCAGUAUGGUUGAUAUCAUGCUAGCCCCCUGGCUGUGCAGGUUGUUCCUCUUCGACGUGUAUAAAGGCGGUCUGGGCAUUCCGGGCGAAGGAAAAGGUGGAGAGGAUGAACAGGUCUGGCAGCGCUGGAGGAAAUGGGCCAAGGCCACGGAAGCCAGGCAGAGCGUGUUGGACACCCUCAGUGAGCGCAGGCAGUAUAUCGACGCCUACAGGCGAUACGCCGAGGAUACCACGCAGAGUGAAGUGGCCCGGGCGACGAGGGCCGGGAGACGCUUGCCAUAG